AUGUUCCACGAGAUUGUCGAUACCCUGACGGGGGAGCACCACGAGAAAACCAGCAAGACGUCCACCAAGAUCAAAGCCUCCGUGGUGCUCGUCAAGAGCAACGUCGUGGGGUUCAAUGAUUUCGUCGACUCGUUCCUCGACGGGCUCCACGAGCUCGUCGGCAGCGGCAUCUCCUUCGAGCUCAUCAGCGCCACCAUCGGCGACCCAAGUGAGUUGACCUAGACCCGGAGAGUCCGCCCUUCGAGUUCAUCAGCUCUUCUCAACUCCGUUAUUCGAUCGCGUGUUGCAGAAAGGGGGAACAGGGGGAAGGUGGGGAAUCCGGCGUACCUGGAGAAGUGGAUGACGACGGAGACCUCGCUGGCGGCGGGGGACGCCAGUUUCCCCGUGACCUUCGACUGGGACGAGCAGCUGGGCACCCCCGGCGCCGUCAUCGUGAAGAACCAUCACCACGGCGAGUUCUACCUCAAGAGCCUCACUCUCGACGGCGUUCCCGGCCCCCGAAGCCGCAUCCACUUCUCCUGCAACUCCUGGGUCUACCCCGUCAGCACCUACAAUUACGACAGGGUUUUCUUCGCCAACGACGUGAGUACCCCAGUCCCAAUCUUCUCUAUUUACCGAAUUCUUCCGGCGAGUUCUACAUCAAGCGUCUAAUGAAGUAUAAUCCCCGCCAGGGGGCUCCAUUGCGAGGCCCAUAAAAUCUGGGCUUGGAUGUCGACCAGCGAUAGCUCGUAAUCUCAUAUUACUCUUCGUAAAGAUUAGGCUCCCCGAUACCAGGGAAGGAAGGCUAAGGUCGUGUUAUGGGAUCUGUGAACGGGCAGAGGAAAUAUUUUAAUUGAUAUCUCGUGGUUUUGGUGGGUUCUUUACUCGGGAAGACGUACCUACCGGGGACCAUGCCGAAGCCGCUGAAGCCGUAUAGGGUGGCAGAGCUGCUCUACCUCAGAGGGGACAACAUCACCCGCCAGCUGACGGAGGGUGACCGAGUCUACACCUACGACUACUACAAUGACCUCGGCGACCCGGACAAGGGCUCUGACUACGUCCGGCCAAUCCUUGGCGGCUCCAAAGAGUACCCCUACCCUCGCAGGGGCCGGACUGCCCGCCCGCCAUCCAAGACCGGUGGGUGCUCUCUGCUCUCUCUCUCUCUCUCUCUCUCUCUCUCUCUCGCUAUAAAAAGUAUAUCACGAUCUUACGUAUGAAAUCCAAUCUUGAAUGCCAUCAACAUGGAUGUGGGACUGGCCAGACCCAAAGACGGAGAGCAGGAUUCCGCUUCUGCUGAGCCUGGACGUGUACGUCCCCAGGGACGAGCGCUUCGGGCACCUGAAGAUGUCAGAUUUCCUGGCCUACGCCCUCAAGUCGCUGGUGCAGGCUCUGGCACCGGUCCUAGAAGCCGCCGCCGACCAGACACCCUUCGAGUUCGAUACCUUCGAGGACGUGCUGAAACUCUACGAGGGAGGCAUCGACCUGCCCGACUGCCCUGCCUUCGAGGACGUUAGGAACCAGAUCCCCUUCCAGCUGAUAAAGGAGCUCAUCAGGACCGACGGCGAGCACCUGCUCCGCCUUCCCACUCCCGACGUCAUCAAAGGUAACCGAUCAAACCCCAUCAUAUCGAGAAAUCCCAUUAUAGAUCGAUCAAACCUUUUAAUUUGAAGCUAACCACUCUGGUGUGGUUUUUACGACCCGGCAGCCUAUAAGUUCGCUUGGAGGACCGAUGAAGAGUUUGGACGGGAGAUGCUCGCAGGAGUCAAUCCAGUUAUCAUUAGUCUCUUGACGGUGAGCAAGAACCUGCGCGUUGAUUUUUCACCUCCAAACUUGGACCAUUAACAUAUUCACAUAGCAAAUAAAAACUAUUAAUUCACAUGUCUCCAUGAGCCAAGUUUGGCUUGGGUACACGUGGUCGUAUUAGGAUAAUCUCAAUUUGAAAAGAGUAAAUAAGUAGACACGUUGGAGUCAAUCAUACGAAUAUAUAUGAUUAGCUUGUUCUCAAUUAGCUUUGAUAAAUGCUCCAAUACAUUGAAAUAUUAUAUAAUGUCCAGGUCCUUGAACUCCUAACUUUCGAAGGUUCUUUAAAUAUGGAGUAUAUAAUAUAUAUUUAGGACUUAUAUGACCCAAUUUCCUCUCAUUAAAAACCCCAUUGCGCUGGCCUUUGUGAUAAAGUAAUUAGGCUAAAUUACCACAGCAUGAAGGGCGUAUUUAAAACUUAACAGGUACGCCUAAUCCCUUGUUGUCUACGAUCGAUUUCACCAUAUACUUCAUCUGUUUGAUAUACUCUUCUUCAGGAAUUUCCCCCGGUCAGCAAUAUCGACCCCAGUAUCUACGGGAACCAGAACAGCACAAUGACCGCGGAUCAGAUCGAGAAGAACAUGAAUGGGCUGACCGUCGAUGAGGUACGCAUUGAGGAACUCUCAGCCUGUGAACCCUCCAAAUGGUCUGGAUCCCCAAGCCGACUCCUGAGUUUGCGAAUGCCGAUUCUUCAGGCCCUGAAGAAGAAGAAGCUCUUCAUCUUGAACCAUCAUGAUGCUCUCAUGCCCUACCUCGAGCGCAUCAACUCUACGAACAACCGAAUCUACGCCACCAGAACCGUCCUGCUGCUGCAGGACGACGGGACUCUGAAGCCGCUGGCGAUAGAGCUGAGCUUGCCCAUCCAAGGAAAGAAGGGGGCCGUCAGUAAGGUAUACACCCCGGCCGAUCACGGCGUCGAGGGGACCCUGUGGCAGUUGGCCAAGGCCUACGCCGCCGUGAACGAUUCCGGCGUUCACCAGCUCAUCAGCCACUGGUAUGAAUCUCUCCAUCUGCUCACACCACGGGAACUGCAACUCGCAGAUGGACUCUAAAUCUCUCGCGUUUCCCGUCUGGAUCCAGGCUGAACACCCACGCGACCAUGGAGCCCUUUGUGAUCGCCACGAACCGGCAGCUUAGCGUGGUGCACCCGAUCUACAAGCUGCUGAGCCCCCACUUCCGCGAUACCAUGAACAUUAACGCCCUCGCCCGGCAGAUCCUCAUCAACGCUGGGGGGGUCCUCGAGAAGACGGUCUUCCCCGACAAGUACUCCAUGGAGCUGUCUUCGAGGGUGUACAAGAACUGGAAACUGACAGACCACGCCUUGCCAGUGGACCUCCUCAAGAGGUGCGACAGUCAUCCACGCUGUGAAGAUCGCCGAUCGUCUCGCGUUGUGCACGAUUCUCUGUUCGUCGACUGAUCUGUGAUUCACCUGGUGUUUCAGGGGUGUGGCUGUAGAGGAUCCCGCCUCCCCCGGGAGGCUCCGGCUGCUGAUCGAGGAUUACCCGUACGCCGUCGACGGCCUCGCCGUCUGGUCGGCCAUCGAGGAAUGGGUGGAGGCGUACUGCACAAUCUACUAUCCCUCCGACAAGACGGUGCAGGAGGAUACCGAGCUCCAGGCCUGGUGGCGAGAGGUGCGCGAGGUGGGCCACGGAGACAAGAAGGACGAGCCAUGGUGGCCGGCCAUGAGGACCGUGGCUGAGCUGAACCGGACCUGCAGCACGAUCAUCUGGAUCGCCUCCGCCCUCCACGCUGCCGUCAACUUCGGGCAGUACCCCUACUCCGGUUACCUGCCCAACCGCCCAACCAUCAGCCGGCGGUUCAUGCCGGAGCCGGGCACGCCGGAGUACACCGACCUUGAGGCCAAUCCCGACAGAGUCUUCCUCAAGACCAUCACAAACCAGCUGCAGAGCAUUCUCGGCAUCUCCCUCAUCGAGAUUCUUUCUAGGCACUCCUCCGACGAGGUCUACCUGGGGCAGAGGGACACCCCCGAGUGGACCUCCGACGAGAAGGCGCUGACCGCCUUCAACGCCUUCGCCAACAAGUUGAUCGUCAUCGAGAACCAGAUAAUCGAGAUGAACCAGGACAGUCGCCUCAAGAACCGUAAUGGCCCAGUGAAAUUACCCUACACCCUGCUCUACCCGAGCACCUCCAACUUCAACCGGGUCGGUGGGUUGACCGGCCGCGGUAUCCCCAACAGCGUCUCCAUCUGA